GCGUCGUUCUUCUCUCCCGGCCCCCCAUCCGCCAUGUUUUCAGGCCGGGUCAGCCUUGGUCUUUCCCCGUAAGGAAAUGGCCGAGGAGCUUCAGGGAACCCAGGCGCCGUUGCCUCGGCGGAGCCCGGGCUGACAAAGCAGGGCAGCGGGGUAAACCCGAGAGGUUCUGCGCGGGGUGGGACGGCCAUGGCGUCCGGCAGUAACUGGCUGUCCGGGGUGAAUGUCGUGCUGGUGAUGGCCUACGGGAGCCUGGUGUUUGUACUGCUAUUUAUUUUUGUGAAGAGGCAAAUCAUGCGCUUUGCAAUGAAAUCCCGAAGGGGACCUCAUGUCCCUGUGGGACACAAUGCCCCCAAGGACUUAAAAGAAGAGAUUGAUAUCCGACUAUCCAGGGUUCAGGAUAUCAAGUAUGAACCUCAGCUCCUUGCAGAUGAUGAUGCAAGACUGCUACAGCUGGAAACCCAGGGAAAUCAGAAUUGCUACAACUAUCUAUACAGGAUGAAAGCACUGGAUGCCAUCCGUGCCUCUGAGAUCCCAUUUCAUGCUGAUGGCCGGCAUCCCUGUUCUUUAAUGGGCAAGAAUUUCCGCUCCUACUUACUAGAUCUUCGAAACAGUAGUACUCCUUUCAAGGGUGUGCGCAAGGCCCUCAUUGAUACCCUGCUGGAUGGCUAUGAGACAGCCCGCUAUGGGACAGGGGUCUUUGGCCAGACUGAGUACCUGCGCUAUCAGGAGGCCCUGAGUGAGCUGGCCACAGUGGUCAAAGCACGAAGUGGGAGCUCUCAGCGCCAACACCAGUCAGCAGCCAAAGACCUAACCCAGUCUCCUGAAGUCUCCCCAACAACCAUCCAGAGUUUUCAAAGGGCCCUGGGACUUAAGAAGAUGGUUGACAGGUGGCGAAAUUCACACACUCAUUGUCUGUGGCAGAUGACACUGAGCCAGAGAAGAAACCCGUAUGCCACCCUAAGGCUGCAGGACACCAUGGUACAGGAGUUGGCACUGGCCAAUAAGCAACUACUGAUGGUGAGUUCUAGCAAGGGUGACCUGAAGUCUCAUCCACUACUGCCCUGUGCCUUUGCCUACAGGGGUUCCCAAGCUCUCAGUCUCUGCCUUUACUCACCUAUCUUAUUUGACUCUGAGGUUUUUACCAUUACACCUAAGCAAUAACUCUUUAACUCCAAAUGACAACGUUCUUUUUCAUUAAGUGAUUCUUUGCAUCCAGCUGCAGAUGGCACAUUCUAAAGUCCCAAAGUACAGUCUAGUUCUUGUUCUUCUCAUCUUGGUGAGACUCAAAACUGCUUCUCAGAACCUCUGUCUUCCUGGAGUCCCCAAUUGCUGUCAUGUCACUAUCUUUGUAUUCCAAGUGCCUAGCAGAGUUUCUGGUUCAUGGUAUGUUCUCAGCAACUAUUUGCUGAAAAUGGGGCUUCACCCAUGGAGAAAAAAUUGAGUAGGCUUCCCCACCAAGAGUUUAGCCUCUAUGCUACUGCCUAGCUUUAUGUCACAGCUGCUAAGUCCAGAUCCAAGAGAACAUGAAUGAUGGGAAAGCAACCCGGGAGAGAGAAUGAGAAAGAAGGGUAAACAGAGGGCAAACAUCACACUCUGUUCUGCCCUCUCCACCAGGUCCGUCAAGCUGCCCUGCACCAGCUGUUUGAAAAGGAGCAUCAGCAGUACCAGCAAGAACUAAAUCAGAUGGGCAAAGCUUUUUACGUGGAGAGACUCUGAUGGCAUCCAAAACAUUGUCCUUCCAUUCUCACCAUGCCUGCUAACCUAGCCUUCUUGAGCCCCUGCCACCUUGAACAGCCUUCCCAAAACACACCUGGAUCUAGUUAUCUGCCCAGGACUUAACACAGUGCUCCCACUCUCACCUUUUGCUCUCAUGUCAACCCCCGGUGCUAUUUGGGAAACAAUCUCUGAGACAAUGGUAACAAGAGUGACGCCUUGUGGUCAGAAUGAGGUAUGCAGUGUUGAUGUAAGUAGGGGUAUGGGUGGUUGAGAGAUGAACAAUGUGAGGGUAGAGAAUCUUGAUUUGGUUUAACAAAUAAAGCUAGCUCUUAAAGGUUCAAA